UUCAAGUUUGGAAACCAGAGGAUGUUUUCUGGCGACUGGGCUGCUAAUGACGUAAGCCCUACUGCCGCAGCUCGCUACCUCGGCAACACCUGGACCCAAGCGCCGCCUUAGAGAGGAGGAAAACCAAUAAGCGUGCAGCACAGACUGAGCAGAGAUUGGGGAAGAUGCACUCAAUUGGUAGCUUCAGCAGCUUAGGGGAGAAGCUGCUGCCCACACAGACUGCACCAGCUGGGAAGAGCCUGACCAUGUCUGUCUAGGAGACAUGGACGGACAAUGGUGGGACCACAGUUCCUGGCAGGGCGUGCCUCCGCCUCUGUCCAUGCAACCGGUCACAUGGCUACCAUCCAAAGAUGGACAACAUCUAAUUGGUCGAAUUCAGCUGAAUAAGAGGAUGAAAGACGGGACAGUUCCUGUGGAUGCAGGAUCCCUGCUGGGCCUGAAGGUGGUCGGGGGUAGGAUGAUGGAGUCUGGUCGUCUCUGUGCGUUCAUCACAAAGGUGAAGAGAGGGAGUUUGGCUGACACUGUCGGGCACCUGAGGCCAGGUGAUCAGGUUCUUCAGUGGAACGGUCGGCUGCUCCAGGGAGCCACAUUUAAUGAAGUUUACAACAUUAUCCUGGACUCCAAACUGGAACCACUGGUGGAGCUGGUAGUGUCCCGACCAAUCGGAGGGGUAGAAACCCAACUCGACUCAACUUCCAGUUCCUUCGACUCUCCAAAAGUUGGUCGGUCAUCUCCGAUGAGCCCCAGCGUUCUCUCUGGGCAGCUUUCUGGUGGUGUUAAGAAUGCUCUGGUUCCCAGAAUUCAGGUGAAGCUAUGGUACGAUAAAGUGGGUGAUCAGCUGAUCGUCACGGUCCUCGGAGCCAAAUCGCUUCCUUUCCGAGACGACGGGCGACCCAGGAACCCCUACGUCAACAUCUACUUCCUGCCGGACCAAAGCGACCGAAGUAAGCGCAGAACCAAGACUGUGAGGAAGUCGGCGGAGCCCCGGUGGAACCAGACUUUUAUAUACUCCCCGGUGGACUGGCGGGAGUUCAGGGACCGCAUGCUGCAGCUAAGGGUCUGGGACCAGUCCUGGGUCCGGGAGGAGGAGAGCCAGUUCCUGGGGGAGGUCCUGAUACAGCUGGACUCUGCUCUGUUAGAUGAUCAGCCUCAUUGGUACAAAUUGCAGCUCCAUGAUGUUUCCUCUGAGCUCAGCAGCUCUCCCUACUUGCAACGAAGAGGACUGCAGCUUGAAGAGCCUGCAGCCAGCACAAGGCUGCCGAGGCCUCAGAAGAUUAGUGACAGUGAGUUCUCGGAUUACGACUGUGAGAAUGGCAUCGGUGUGAUAUCAGACUACAGACUCAAUCGACGGGAUUCCGCCCUUUCAGUGACAGAAAAGGAGAUGUCGUCCAAUCACCUCUCUCGAUCUGGUAUGGUCAAGAUGAGGUCACGUUCGCCGAACCAAAUGCUUCCUCUGAGUGGUAACCCUCUGUACCCGUUGUACCGUGAGGACGCUGUGCGGUUGCUGCAAGGCUCCAAACUGAACCGAGCGUACUCUGAUGCUGGCCAGUAUAGAAGCCUGGAAAGGAGAUCUCUGAGGAGAACGUCUGUUGCCACCUCACUCGAUUUUGAUGACAGAUAUUUAAACGGACCGAACCAAACCCUCCAGACAAAACGUAUGAUGACAGGGAGCAGUGAGGACUACAGUCAGGGCUUCAUUCCUGACUUCCCCUACGAACCUGAGACCUAUGCCGUGGAACCUCUGAGAGCAAAUCUGCAAGGCGGCUCAACCCAGACAAGUCCAACAGGAACGGCAGUCUUCAGCUGCAGAGGACGCCAGCUACCUCUCGUCCCGCCCAAAGGAGCUUCAGACAGAGCCACCUCAGGAUCACCAAUUGGAACUGUUACCCCCCAUCCUUAUCCACCCCCAACCCCUGCCAAUCAUCCACCGCCUCCUCUGAUACGAAUACAAGCCCCUACAGGAACCACCCACCUUAACACGCCUGUAUUAGCACCGGUACAAGUCCAGGCCCCACCCCCAGCUCCUGUACCUUUAGCUGCAAUGGUUUCUGCUCCAACACUUGUCGAAGCCCAGCCUCCAACUACUGUACCUUUACCUGUUUCUACUCCAACACCUGUCCAAGCCCCACCUCCAGCUUCUGUACCUUUACCUGUUUCUACUCCAACACCUGUCCAAGCCCCACCUCCAGCUUCUGUACCUUUACCUGUUUCUACUCCAACACCUGUCCAAGUCCCACCUCCAGCUUCUGUACCAUUACCUGUUUCUACUCCAACACCUGUCCAAGUCCCACCUCCAGCUUCUGUACCUUUACCUGUUUCUACUCCAACACCUGUCCAAGCCCCACCUCCAGCUCUUGUAUCUUUACCUGUAUCUGCUUCUACUCCAACACUUAUCCAAGCCCCGCCUCUAGGUCCUGUACCUUUACCUACACCUUUUGCAACAUUAACACCUGUCCAAGCUCCACUCCUGUCCGCUGCCCCUCCUGUAGUGCAAUUACUGGCACAAUCUAAUGGUGCCCUGUCACAUGCCCCUCCCCCAACAACUCCAGAGCCAGAGCGAUGCCCAACGACACCUGGAGGGACCAGAAAAGAGGUCACAUGGCAGGAUCGGCAGGAUCAGCAGAACAAAUCAGCUGAUGCAGCUCUGAUGAAGGAUUCAUCAAAGGUGAGGGACAGUCUGUCCUUCAAAUCAUCAGACAGCGACAUCAGCGAUGUGUCGGCCAGCAAUCAGACAGAGGUUCUGGAGGGCCAAACAGUGGAGCUGGAAACGGGGUUAGAGGUUACACAGGAAGUAGCGGGGGUAGAAGAGGACCGACCCCCACUGCAGAAGAGCGAAUCAGUGGGGGACGCAGAGGAGGUGGUGCUGGAGCCAACAAAGGCGGCACCAGCAGCUCCUCUCACAAAGUCUUCAAGUGUCGGAGGAGAGAUUUGUUCGUUGGGGAGAAAUGACGACGACGACGACGACAAGAAGCGACGUUCAAGCUUCGGAGCAAAGAUGAUGGGAAUGGUGGGACUGGGGAAGAAGAGUCAGAGCGCCUCCCAACUCAACCCUGAGGAGGAAGAGAAGAAGAAGAAGGUUGUGAGACUCCCUGUCCAAAGGAGUGUAGAAACAGGUCUAGCCAUCGAGUUUAAAUCUCGUUUUACUCGACAGCCGAGCCGCGACCCGGACGCCGAGGACCCCAAACCUGGAGCUCUGAUAUUUCCAGGAGUGAAGUUGGCAUCAGAUAAACAGUUCACCGGCUUCCUGGAUGGAUUAGGCCCCGCCCAGCUGGCUGGACGCCAGACUCUGGCCACGCCCUCCAUGGGCGACAUACAAAUCGGGAUGGUGUAUAGAAAGGAGCGUCUAGAUGUGGAGGUGAUCCGAGCCAGAGGGCUUGUGGGUAAACAAGGGAACAAGAACACUCCAGCUCCAUACGUAAAGGUCUAUCUGAUGGAUAAUGGGAAGUGUGUGUUAAAGAGAAGAACUCGGCUGGCCAGAAAAUCCCCCGACCCCCUUUACCAACAACAGCUUCAGUUUGAAGAAAGCCCUGAGGGAAAAGUACUACAGAUUAUUGUUUGGGGUGACUAUGGCCGGAUGGAUCAUAAAUCUUUCAUGGGAGCUGCUCAGAUUUUAUUGGACGAUUUGGAUUUGUCAGUAAUGGCGAUUGGCUGGUUUAAACUGUUUCCUGCCAUCUCAUUGGUGGACGCCGCCCUGGCCCCCUUGACCAAUAAGGAGGUGGAGGGCACAAAAUCAUAGAAUCAGGAGGAGCGUUCAACUGUAUUGCCCCAGCAACAGGCCGGGAAGCGACAUAUUGUUUCCCACAAUUCCCCUUUUCUGCUGCAUGAUGACAUCACAGCGAUGGAUUUACAGUGCCACAAUGUCACCACGAGGAGGACGGUGGCUCCGCCCAAUGAUGUAUAGCAAAGGAGGGGCCACACAGACGAUACAGGAGCCAAAUCUAGGUCAAAAGAUUUGAUCAUUCGAAAAACAAAUGUUUACCUGAAAGUUUGAUGGUGUUGAACAUUUGAAAAUACAACAAUGUAUUCAAAAUAAAAAUAAAAGGG